CUGACAGGAAUAGCUCUCCCAAGUGGGAUGUUGUUGUGGACAGCUGUGAGAACUCUGCAGAUGAGUACUUGACCAUCUUUCACCCAGUCUCCAGCAAUGCAAGAGUGCUGUUCCCAUCCCAUCUGAAGAGGUUUGAAGUGAAAAUGUUUUCCUUCACAAGCGGCCGGGAUGCACUGAAAGGACAGAUUUACUUCCACUGCAGUGUUGUGAUAUGUGAUUCAAACCGGCCAUCAGACAGCCUCUGUAGCAGACGGUGCAUUCCAGGGAAACAGAGGCUUGGUCGUAGUGCUGAAGGGAUGGAUGGUUGUGCAGUAAAGGCAUUUGUGUCUUCUGGCCCAAUUGAGCUGAAGAGAGAUGGAUCCCUUCACUUUAUGCCUAGAAGCGGCCAAUUCAAUGUGUGGUCCCAUCUGGGAGCUGCAAUGGGUGUGUGUUCAGUGGUUGUCUUUGUAGCUGGAGUUGUAUAUUUUUGGAAAAUGCCCAAAAGUGUGUGUUGAUAAAUAAAAAUCUUGCUUGUAAAGA